ACAGUUUGAGGGCAAUGAAACAAACUGAAUCAGAUAGGAUCAUCAGCGUAAUCUUAUUUGUUGGGCCAUAUAAUAUUAAAAAAAAUAAGGACUUGGACUAAAAUUCGAAUUGAAUAGAGCUGAAUAGCUUAACUCCUAAACCAAACAACCUGCUCCCCUACCGUUCACGCAAUCACAGCCGUCAAAUCCCUCCAUCAAUUCCUCCAUCGGCCCAUCAUUUAAUGCAAUCCACCGUCGUCCCGUGAAUCUCUUCACUCCCCAAGCCAUGGCCCUCCGCCUCCUCCUCCUCCUCCUCCCUCUCUUAACCUCCACUCACUGUUCGUGCGACUCAUUACAUCGCCGCCUCCUUUCCCUCUCCUUCUCUUCCGUCGCCGGCUUCCAACCCCCUCCCGCAUCGGCCACCGGCGACUGCAUCCGCCACCUCCACCUCCCAUCCCAAAACCUCUCAGGCACCAUCGCCUGGAUAUUCUUGCGGAAUAUAACAACGCUGCAAACGCUCGACCUCUCCGGCAACGCCCUUGACGGCUCAAUCCCCGGCAGCUUCUGGUCAUCCCCUGCUCUCACCGAAGUCAAUCUGGCCCGGAACAGCCUGGGCGGACCGCUCCGGUUCGAAAAAUCUGGCCUCCGGUUCCUUAACCUCUCCGGUAACCGGUUCAGCGCCGCCUCCGACCUUUCCCAGCUCACCAGCCUGAAAGUCCUCGACCUCUCGCGGAACAAGAUCGGUUUCACUCCACCUAGUCUGAACUCACUUCAUAAUAUACAAUAUUUGGAUUUAUCUAACAACUCGAUGACCGGGAAGUUUCCAAGGGACUUCCCGGCGAUCGCCGGCCUCCGGUUUCUGAACGUGUCGUACAACAACCUCACCGGCGAGAUUGAUUCCGAGGCGUUGCAUAAGUUCGGGAGCUCUGCUUUUGAAAAAGGUGGGAUUUUUACCUACGCAGCGGCCUCCAGUGAGCAAACGAAAGGGAAAAAGCAUGCAAAGUCGAGGGCUUGGAGGAAGGCAGUGAUAGCAGCAGCGUCGGCGGUGGUCGGAGUGGUGAUUGUUGGAGUACUGAUUGCCGGAGCCUUUUUCUAUCGUAGAAAGAGGUCGCCUGAGAAGGAGAAGGGGGAGAUAGCAGAGGAGGAAAUUGGGUGGGUGAGGGAAGCGAGGUGGGGAGCGCCGGUGGUGGUGUUUGAGAAGCCGUUAAUGGAGUUAACGUUUGGGGAUUUGGCGGGGUCCACUUCGGGGUUUGGGAGAGAGUCGUUAAUGGCGGAAGGAGGGAGGAGUGGGCCGAUUUACAGAGCCGUAUUGCCGGGAGAGAUGCAUGUGGUGGUGAGAGUUAUGGAGAGGGAUCGAGGUAUUGACCCGGCGGCGGCUGCGGUGGCGUACAAGGAGAUUGGAAGGCUCCGGCACCGGAAUUUACUCCCGCUACUCGGCUACUGUAUUUCAGGUUAGUUUAUUAUUAUUAUUAUUAUUUUAAUAAAGUCAUAACUGCAACUUUUUUAUUACUCAUUUACUUAAAAAUUCAUAUUGAUUGAUUUUAAAAUAUAUAUUUUAAAAAU